AUCUCUUUUUCUUUUUUUCUCUUAAAAAUGGAUGACACACAACACCCACUUGUGAUAUCGACACCACCUUUACGUGGUCCCGUAGAUUCUCCUGCUCCAGCAGAAGCAGGCGAUAUGGCCACCGAUUUAAAACCGCAUAGAGGAAGCAUGUCGCUUGCCACUACGCAAUUUGAACAACAGCCAAUAGACAGUAAGGCAUUACGCGGAAGAUCCAAAUCAAUUGCCUUUGGUACACAUGCAUGGAAUCCUCGCCCACCCAUGGACUAUAUAUCACCUGUCACUACCUCAGGUGUUCCUUACAAAGCUAGGUCUUGGGAACCUACGCUUGAAAAAGCGAUUCGUGCGAUUGUCUCUAUCAAAGCAAGUCAUGUUCGAAGUUUUGAUACAGAAACAUCAGGUGGCUAUACGGCUACAGGGUUUAUUGUGGAUGCUAAGCGUGGUAUUAUUUUAACCAAUCGUCAUGUCGUUUCACCUGCGCCCAUUGUUGCUCAAGCUGUCUUGACAAACUAUGAAGAAGUCGACCUUAAGCCUGUCUAUCGUGAUCCAGUGCAUGAUUUUGGUUUUAUGCAGUUUGACCCUAAUCGCAUUAAAUUCAUGGCGUUGGAGGAAAUUAAACUUAGUCCAGAAAGAGCUAAAGUAGGUUUAGAUAUUCGUGUUGUCGGCAAUGAUGCAGGUGAAAAAUUAAGUAUUUUAGCUGGUACGUUAGCAAGAUUGGACAGAAGAGCACCCGAAUAUGGUGUAGGCGAAUACAAUGAUUUCAAUACAUUCUAUCUUCAAGCUGCCUCGGGUACCAGUGGGGGUUCUUCAGGCAGUCCUGUUUUGGACAUUGAUGGUCAUGCUGUUGCAUUAAAUGCAGGCGGAGCAAGUCGUGCUUCGUCCUCUUACUAUCUACCUCUGGACCGUGUUCAACGUGCCCUCAAGUACAUUCAACAUGGCCAACAAGUCCCUCGUGGUACACUUCAGACUGAAUUUGAGUAUUUGCCCUAUAACGAAGUCCGUCGGCUAGGUCUCAAGGCUUCGAUUGAAGAAAAAGUACGCACUAAAUUCCCUGAAGAGACAGGCAUGCUUGUCGUGCGUUCAUUAUUGCCUAAAGGUCCUGCUGACAAUGUCCUGGUUCCAGGUGAUAUCAUCAUUGGCUGCAAUGGUAAGAUGGUGCCUCAUUUUAUUGCCUUGUUUGAAAUCUUGGAUGAUGCUGUUGGACAACCUGUCUCUUUAACGAUUAGUCGAGGUAAGAAGGUGCAAGAAGUCAAGGUGACUGUUCAGGAUUUGCAUUCAAUUACCCCCAAUCGAUUUGUUGAAAUUGGUGGUGGCGUCGUGCAUGAAUUAUCCUAUCAACUGGCCAAAUCGUAUUCUCAACCUACAGGCGGUGUCUAUGUGGCUACUUCGGGCCAUAUGUUAGCGAGUGCAAGUGCUUGGCGCAAGAGUAUUAUUGUGAGUGUCAACAAUAUUCCUACACCUAAUUUGGAUGCUUUUAUUGAAGCUAUGAAGAGUUUGCCAGAUGGUGCACGUGUACCUAUUAGAUUCUAUGCACUUCAUAAAGCUUAUAAAGAUAAGGUGAUGAUUAUGCAUGUCGAUAGACAUUGGCAUCAAUUCAGAACAGCUGUACGCAAUGACUUGACAGGUCUAUGGGAAUUUAGUGACAUGCCACCCCCACCUCAGACCAUUCCCUAUACGCCUUCUUCAGCCAGUUUCCCUCGCUUGGACCCUUCCUUAACACUAGCAGAAAAACUCAUGCCUUCCUUUGUGGCCAUUGACUUUUAUCUUCCUUAUCUUGUAGACGGCAUGAAAGCCACUCAGUUCUACGGCACAGGUUUCAUUGUGUCCACAAACCCACCUUUGAUCGUCUGUGACCGUGACACGAUUCCUAUUGGCCUAGGUGAUAUCUUUAUCACCUUUGCCAAUUCCAUCAUCAUUCCCGGUCGAUUACUUUUCCUGCAUCCUUUCUAUAAUUAUGUCAUUUUGACGUAUGAUCCCACGUUGAUUGGUGAUACGCCCGUCAAGCCAAUCGAGUUUAGUGGCAAAGAACUCAACCAAGGCGAUGAAAUCAACUUUAUUGGUGUAGGCAGUGAUCACUCGGUUGUCAGCAAAAAGACCACGGUCUCUUCUGUCUCUAAUAUUGGUACGCGUGAAUGUUCUCCUCCUCGUUGGCGUGCCAUGAAUGUCGAAGGUAUCAAGAUUGAUGACUCUUCUACUUCCCAAGGUGGGUUAAUGACAGACGAUGAAGGCUUGGUUCAUGCACUCUAUGUCAGUUAUUCUUCACAGAACGAAAAGGGCAAAGAUAUUUCAUUCAUGUCAGGUCUCUCGGGUACUUUGGUAAAGCCUACCAUCGAUCAAUUCAUAGAGCAUGGCGAUAAGAUGACAUUAAAGGGUCUUGAUGUUGAAUUAUGGACUAUGCGUAUUGCUGCUGCUCGUACCUUGGGUCUAAGUGAUACAUGGGUCAAGAAAAUUGAAGAGAGUAGUUCUACACGACACACAUUGCUUUAUGUGCUGAAUGUGUUGGAUGAACGCAGUCCUUGUGCCAAAGUAUUGAAUGUAGGGGAUGUGAUCUUGAGUCUAGAUGGUCAAUUGGUGACACGUAUGUCUCAUUUAAUGCUUGUACAUCAACAAGAUACUGUCGAUAUGGUCAUUUUACGUGAUGGUAAAGAACUCAAUGUCACUGUGCCUAUGAGUGAAUUCAGUGGUUAUGAAACAACGCGUGUGAUUGGCUGGCAAGGUGCAUUGAUUCAGCGUCCUUAUAAAUCGGUAUUAGAACAAGUACGUAAUGUGCCUGUCGGUGUCUAUGUGUCCUGUACACUGUACGGUUCACCUGCUUCAAAUGUCCUUCGACCGGGUGUAUGGAUUGUGGAAGUUCAAGGUAAACCUGUCAAGGAUCUCGAUUCAUUUUUGCAGGUCGUUCAUGAUCACGAAGCAGAAAUGAGUCGUCGUCGUAGACCAAGUUAUAUUCCUCCUGCUCAACAGACUAUUGUGCCUGAUCAGAGUGAUGAUGAAGAAGAUGACGAUAAUGAUGAAGGUUAUAUUCGUAUCAAGACCGUCAGUCGAAAUGAAACAGUACGUGUUGUGGCUGUUAAACUCGAUCUACAUUACUGGGACUCUUGGCAGCUUGUACGUGAUCAAGAGUCUGUGUCUGGUUGGCGUGCUCAUGAUGCUUAAAGAAAAAAAUUUUUUUUUUUAUAUAUAUAUAAUACACAAUU